UUACAAGUAAUAUUCAUUGGAGAACGUAUUGUGAUGUCUCAGGGCCAAAACUAUGAGUGAAUUUCGGAUUCACCACGAUGUCAAUGAGCUGCUCAGCUUGCUGCGUGUCCAUGGAGGGGAUGGGGCCGAGGUGUACAUUGAUCUCCUGCAGAAGAACAGGACCCCGUACGUCACUACCACUGUGUCUGCACACAGCGCCAAGGUUAAAAUAGCAGAAUUUUCUCGUACUCCAGAAGACUUUCUGAAGAAAUAUGAUGAACUGAAAUCGAAAAACACAAGGAACCUUGACCCACUGGUGUACCUGCUGUCAAAGCUCACGGAGGACAAAGAGACUCUGCAGUAUUUACAGCAGAAUGCGAGAGAAAGAGCCGAGCUGGCAGCCACGGUGACUGCCAGCAGCACCACCAGCUUCAGCGCCCCUGCCACGGCCUCCAGGAUCUCCAUGCAGGAGCUCGAGGAGCUGAGGAAGCAGCUUGGCAGCGUGGCCACGGGCUCCACGUUGCAGCAGUCUCUGGAGCUUACAAGAAAGAUGCUUCGAGACAAGCAGAACAAAAAAAAUUCAGGCCAGCGCCUCCCCGUCUUCCCUGCCUGGGUGUACGAGAGGCCCACGCUGGUCGGGGAUUUUCUGACUGGCUCAGGCCUAAGCACGGACACAGCUGUGCCUAUAGGCUCCCUGCCCCUGGCCGCCCAGGAGUCGGCCGUCGUGGAAGACCUGCUCUACGUACUGGUAGGUGUGGAUGGCAGAUACAUCACCGCCCAGCCCCUCACCGGGAGACAGAGCCGGACCUUCCUCGUGGACCCCAACCUGGACCUGUCCAUCAGGGAGCUGGUGAACAGGAUCCUCCCAGUGGCUGCCAGCUACUCCACCGUGACCAGGUUCAUUGAGGAGAAGUCUUCCUUCGAAUACGGGCAGGUGAACCAUGCAUUGGCGGCUGCCAUGAGGACCCUGGUGAAGGAGUACCUGAUCCUGGUGACGCAGCUGGAGCAGCUGCAGAGGCAAGGCCUCUUGUCGCUGCAGAAGCUCUGGUUCUAUGUGCAGCCGGCCAUGCGCACCGUGGACAUCCUGGCCUCCCUGGCCACCUCGGUGGAUAAAGGUGAGUGUGUUGGGGGGUCCACCCUGAGCCUCCUCCACGACCGGAGCUUCAACUACACAGGUGACAGCCAGGCGCAGGAGCUGUGCCUAUACCUCACCAAGGCCGCCAGCGUGCCCUACUUUGAGAUUCUGGAGAAGUGGAUCUACAGGGGGAUCAUCAAUGACCCGUACAGCGAGUUCAUGGUCGAGGAGCACGAGCUGCGGAAAGAGAAGAUCCAGGAGGACUACAACGACAGGUACUGGGACCAGCGGUACACUGUGGUGCAGCGACAGAUCCCAUCCUUCCUGCAGAAGAUGGCGGGCAAGGUGCUCAGCACAGGAAAGUACCUAAAUGUGGUCAGAGAGUGUGGUCAUGAUGUCACCUGCCCAGUGGCCAAAGAGGUCAUCUAUACAUUGAAGGAGCGAGCAUAUGUGGAGCAGAUUGAGAAGGCAUUUAACUACGCCAGCAAAGUGCUGCUGGACUUCCUGAUGGAGGAGCAGGACCUCGUGGCGCACCUGAGGUCCAUCAAGCGCUACUUCCUGAUGGACCAGGGGGACUUCUUUGUGCAUUUCAUGGACCUCACAGAAGAAGAGCUGAAGAAGCCAGUGGACGACAUCACGCCCACACGCCUGGAGGCGCUGCUGGAGCUGGCCCUGCGCAUGAGCACCGCCAACACAGACCCCUUCAAGGACGACCUCAAGAUUGACCUGAUGCCUCAUGACCUCAUCACUCAGCUUCUGCGGGUUCUGGCCAUUGAGACCAAGCAGGAGAAGGCCAUGGUGCAGGCCGACCCCACGGAGCUCUCUCUGAGCGGCUUGGAGGCCUUCUCUUUCGACUACGUGGUCAAGUGGCCCCUGUCGCUGAUCAUUAACAGGAAGGCCCUGACGCGUUACCAGAUGCUGUUCCGGCACAUGUUCUACUGCAAGCAUGUGGAGCGGCAGCUCUGCAGCGUCUGGAUCAGCAACAAGGCCGCCAAGCAGCACGCAUUGCACUCCGCCAAGUGGUUUGCCGGCGCCUUCACACUGCGACAGCGGAUGCUGAACUUUGUUCAGAACAUUCAGUACUACAUGAUGUUCGAGGUCAUGGAGCCCACCUGGCACAUCCUCGAGAAAAACCUGAAAUCCGCCUCCAACAUCGAUGAUGUGCUGGGGCACCACACAAGCUUCCUGGACAACUGCCUGAAGGACUGCAUGCUUACCAACCCCGAGCUGCUCAAGGUCUUCUCCAAGCUCAUGUCUGUGUGCGUCAUGUUCACUAACUGCAUGCAGAGGUUUACACAGAGCAUGAAAUUGGACGAUGAGCUGGGCCGCCUGACCCUGGAGCACGGCACGAUGCAGGGGCCGCCCACCGAGGCUGAGCGGGCGGAGGAGCGUGCCCGGAAGGAGCUCGCCAGGAAGCACCUGGCCGAGCAUGUGGACACACCUCAGCUGGCCUCCAGCUUCGAGGCCACCAUCAAUAAGUUUGAUAAGAAUUUUUCAGCCCAUCUGCUUGACCUCCUGGCCCGACUGAGCAUCUACAGUACCAGCGACUGCGAGCACGGCAUGGCCAGCGUCAUCUCCAGGCUCGACUUCAACGGCUUCUACACAGAGCGCCUGGAGCGCUUGUCUGCAGAGAGGAGCCAGAAGGCAGCCCCCCAAGUGCCCAUUCCACGGGGGCCCCCAGCACCAGCGCCCAGGGUCGCCGUCACCGCCCAGUGAGGCCCUCGGAGCCCUGCACCCACCACAGCUGAAGGAGGGACGAUGGGCUGGUGGGUGCUGUUGCAGACAGAUGAGGUCAGGAUUUCUAAUAAAGUAUCUGAAGUACA